AUGGUUCUGGAUCUUCAUCGAUUCCUUGCAGAGCCGAGUGGACAAUGUAGCUCCAUCUCUCAGCUUCAGCUCCAGCCUAAGCCCCAGCCCAAGCUCAAGCUCAACUUCAUCUCCAUUCGAGCUCAAACUUCAGCUCAAGCUCGCAAACGCAAGUACGCAGAACCCAAGCUAACACUCACCUCCCCCUCCUCAGGCGUCUUCUUCGCCCUCCUCCUCGUCGCAGGCUACGCGGGCCUAACAACCCUCCAACUCGGCCAAUACGUAAACGACAAGGUCCUCCACUUCACAACCUUCUUCCUCCUCACCAUCGUCUUCUACUGGAUCCUCGACACCAACCGCCGCCGCACCCUCAACCUCACCCUCACCGUCUGCACCUUCAUCCUCGGCGUCGGCUCCGAGUUCCUCCAGGGCUUCCUCCCCAACGGCCGCGAGUUCGACUUCUACGACAUCGUCGCCAACGUCGUCGGCUCGCUCGCGGGCAUCGGCCUGUGCUCGUGGUACCACAAGCGCAUGCUCGAGCGCAAGCGCCGCACCAAGACGUACCAGGCUGUCCCCGGAGAGGACGAGGAGGAUGUAGAGCUUGGUGAGGGACAUGAGACUGGUGUUGUUGAGGCUAGUGGUGCGAGGGACGGGGGCGCUGGUGUUGGUGCUGGUGCUAGCAGUGGAGGCAGGUCGCUUGAGGAGGAAGUGGACAAUUGGGAUGAGAACCAGGUGGAUGACUGGGAAGAGGAAGAUGGCGAUGGUGACAUCGGCGGAGUCAAGAGCAAGGAUAUGGAUACGGGAGAUAUUGGCGACUCCAAGAAGCGGGCUGAUUAA